UCUACUUGCGACCCUUCCUCACCACCAAGCCUGUCCGAACUAGUUGUCGGCUUUUGUCGCAGCACCAUUGUCGCCCACGUCCCCGACGACACUCCAACACUCCUUUAAUUCCUACCCUGGAGUCGAGGCUUCGAUAAUAUCAGCCAAAAUGCCUCAAUACGCCUCUCGCGAUGUCGGCGACCCGUCGCAAAUCAAGAAGAACAAGCAAAGCAUGGCCGAUCUAAAACUCCGUCGAUUGACCGAACUCAAUAACCGACUACGUGAGGACUUGGAAAGGGAGAGGAUUCCGGUUAGCCAGGCAGCCAAGAGCAUAAUCACCUACUGCAACAGCACACGAGACUACAUGGUACCAAGUGUUUGGGGGCCGGUGCCCAAGUCCGAAGACCCGUAUUUGCCACAACAGAGCAGCGGGUGCUGCGUCGUCAUGUAAAUUGCCAACUGCGAAAAGCUACGACAUCAAUACGGCAACAAAAGGGGAGGACAUUCGAGUCACUCUGUUUAGCACGGGCGAUCAGUUCAGCUUUUCGAAACAG